CACCAACUGAACUGAACUGACUGACUGAUCACUGACUGUCUGUUCACUGGCUGCGCAACCCAACGUGCCCUCUCAACUCCAGACUCUUGACUGUCCGGUUCAAGUUGACUCUGAUAGAUCGUCGCGCCCUUCAAGUUCAUCUUCUUAUCUCUCCACUCCUUGUCGCGUGCUCACUGUUCUGUGCUUGACGACCUCCUGGGACGGUCUUACCGAUCUUGUCUAGACAGUUCCAACCAUAGCUUCGCAAACGAUCGAGCUGCCACCGUUAGGAAACACAGUCGGCUCCCAAACGAGACCAUCCUACCAUCGAUCUGUCCUGGGCCGUGCGACCCAGGAUAUGAACGACCAGAGGGUGUUUGCAUAGGAUACUACUGAAAAAAGAGUCGACGGCAGUCGCGACGCGCACAGCUCUGACACAAUGUCCUGGCGAAGAAAAUCAUAACGCGAUCACACCAAUAUGCAACAAAACCAUCUUCCUUAUGGGCAACACCACCCUUUGCCUAUGCAGCCUCCUCCGAGGCGGCAUGAUGGCUCAUUUGCGCCCAUCCCACCUCCCAUGAGGCAUAAUCCUGGAUACCAACAGUUCUACCCUCAGCAGAUGGGGCCCAUGAUACCUCAGUAUCCUCAACAUUUCGCGCCAAACUGGUACGGAUAUGCCCAGCAUCAGAUGCACCCUAUCCAUGGUAAUCGACCGAUGUAUUAUCCUCAGCAUCCGAUUCCUCCACCUCAGUAUGGUCCGCCACAUGGACCUCCGUUCAUGUCGCCGCAGCCACAUGUUCAGCCAUCUCCACGUCCUGCACAUGUGACAAGCUCCAUUCCUGCUCAACCGCCACCGAACUCAGCAUCGACAACGUCUACCACUAUGGUGCAGACCCCUCCAUCUCCGCCUCUCAGCACCACCAGCACCGUGAACACAAGAAAAACACCAGUCUCGCCCGCCAUAUCACCCGCACCGCAAACAGCCCAAAGUCCUGCUGUUGAGGCACCGCGGGAGCCAUUUCAGCCUCCAGUUCCGUGGCUUUCAUUCGAAGAGGGAGAUUUUCCACCACGGGCGCCCCGCCGAAGACGACGCAUCCUUCGUUCAUUGCUGGCCACUGAACCAGUCGUGUACCCUCAGGUGGAAGGCCCGGUUGAAGAAAAGACAGCGACAGAGGAGAAGGAAGUAACAUCGGAGGGUACUGCCAGUGAAGAGAAGGUCGCGGAACCAACGGAGCAGGAUAUCACAGUGUCCUCGACUCCGUUGCCAUCAGAAGUGCCCUCUGACACCGCCUCCACUCAGCCAACCACACCCUCUUCUGCCGUGCCUGCAGCGCCCAAGGACACACAGCAGACACCCACGCAACCAAAAGUAAGACCCGUGGGUCCUGUUUUACCAGCUGUGCCAGUCCUUCCGCCCAGCCCUUCAGCGGCACGCCGGACCUCAACAGUGUCAAAUCAAUCAAAAACAUCACAACCAGCACAACCAACACAACCAGCACAGGCUGUAUCAGGAGCAGACCAAUCGUCGAUUGGAGAAGAUGCUGCUAUAAACACUAAAACCGCUUCUGAGCAAGCUACCCUCGUUGUCUCACCGCCUCCCGCACCCAAAUCCUGGGCAAACCUAUUCCGCGUAAACGAACCGCAAAAUCCGUCCGCAACGACAACCGCUUCCGCUGCUAAUUCGAACGUUUCCGGGGGCUCUAAAACCGAGACUCUCUCCAGUGUCCUGCAUGAUAUGAACUCGGUUCCUGAGAAGCCGAGUAAAAUUUCCUUCUUGAAACCCCGUGGUCUUGUAAACACUGGGAAUAUGUGUUACAUGAACUCGGUGUUGCAAGUUCUUGUUUUUUGUUUGCCGUUUUACGACUUUCUGGCGAAGGUGGCUCAAAGAGCACCGCACGCCUUCAAAAGCGAUACUCCGCUGAUUGACGCGAUAAUUAUGUUUAUUCAAGAAUAUCCCGUGAUCUGCUCGGCCAAUUCGGUCGAACAGCUGCGUCUGCGAUUGAAAGCUGAGGAUUAUGAAAAUUAUGGCGACUCGUUCAUCCCCGAAUAUGUCUACGCUGCAAUCAAGGAUCUGCCGCGGUUCCGGGAAAUGCGAAGAGGCCAUCAACAAGAUGCACAGGAAUUCCUGGGCUUUUUGUUGGAGGAAUUGCAUGAGGAAUGUGCUCGUGCUAUGAGAUCCGCCGGCCCGUCUUCAAACUCGGGGCGAGCAUCUCCUAUUGGCAGUGUCUCAAAUACAUCUGAGCAUGUGGAUGCUGAAGGUGGUUGGAUGGAGGUUGGACAUAAGCAGAAGCCGGCCAUCACUCGGUUGUCUGGUGCUGUGUCAGGGGAGUCACCCAUCACCAACAUCUUUGGAGGCAAGCUCCGAUCCGAGCUCAAGGUGUCUGGCAACAAACUGUCGGUCACUUUGGAGCAGUAUUCGCCUUUGCAGCUUGAUAUUGGCUCUCCUCAAGUGCACAACAUAAUUGAUGCUUUGAAAGGAAUGACCCGCCCCGAAAGCAUGCAAGGAGACUUUUACACCCCAAGAGGACAGAAGGCGACCGCUACCAAGCAAAUCUUCAUCGAGACCCUCCCUCCGGUGUUGAUUCUGCAUUUGAAACGCUUUCACUAUGACAACACCACUAAACGUGUGGAGAAGAUUUGGAAGAAGAUUGGCUAUCCUCUUGAACUCGAGAUUCCGAAGGAGGUGUUCCCCAUGCAAGCUCGGAACAAAUACACUGUACACGGUACCUUGCCCAAGUACCAGUUGGCCUCAGUCAUCUACCAUCAUGGUAAAAAUGCCAAUGGAGGACAUUACACUGUGGACAUUCGUCGUCAGGAUGGCCGUGAAUGGAUUCGCAUGGACGAUACUUUGUUGCGUCGGAUUCGAGCCGAAGAUGUGGCGGAAGGCGGCAGUGAAGAGGAUCCCAAGGUUCUUGCAGCAGCUUUGGAGCGUCACAACGCCGGUGGAAAUCGAUUCGAGCAAAUCGAACAGGAGGAUGAAGAAGAAGACGGUGCCGACAAGGUAUGGAAUCAGGUCAACGGCCAUUCUCGAACCAAGUCGAGCAUGGGUGCCGUUGUCAAUGGUGCUGCCACCCCUGCCAAAGAUUCAUCAGGCAAGCAAACUCCAAACCCGAGGUAUGGUGUGAAGGAUAACAAGGUCGCUUAUCUGUUGUUCUAUCAACGGAUUCCGAACUGAAGCGGAUUGAUCGAGCGGAGUGGUCUGUGACGGCAGACCUUCUUACUCGGCCGAGACAGGGGACGGUCUACAGCGAAAGCUACAGCGAGAGCGACUAAGACGGUGACAGCAACAGGGCUCGUGCGACAGGCGAGCCUGGUACUACCGCCGAAGUUGGUCAGGAUUGUCCAUAAUUGAACUCAUGGUUGAUGGUUUCCUGAAAAUGCCAGCCUACGGACAGCUUUCUGUAAAUAAUUUCCCACCAUGGCCACGAAGCUGGGUGGUAUUUCAGGCAGAACCAUUAGAAAAAAUUUCAUGACACGAAAAAUAUACCCUUCUGGUGAUGCGUAGCGUAUGUUGUGACGAGACGAAGCCUGCAACUUGAAGUUGUCUGAACUGUCCAAUUGCGCCGCAGGUCAUUUUCUAUACAAAUGGCGAGUUCGAAUAGCCGAGGUCCCG